UGACAAUGCUUACCUGUGUGUCGUCGGCGUACUGGGACUAUCUGAAACUGGGUCACGCCAUCCGUUCUAAGAGACACAAAAUGGCGAUAUCAACACGGAAAUAGUCAUAUCAUGAGAUUGAUCUCAUAUAGUCAUGUCUAAAUCAAGAAAGUAAGUUUGCAUAUAUGAAAUUUUAUCAAAUUAUAGACAUAGGCGACAUAGGCCUACUAUACACGACGAGUUCUGCUGAAUAAUUUAUAAAUAAAGUUGGCUUUAUUUAUAGUAUAUAGGCCUACUGAAACCUACUUUUAAGUUAUAAUAAGUUAAUAAGUAUACUAAUGACUAAUGAACAAUGUUGAAACCAAAAAAAGACAAGUAAACACUAUGUACGCUUACCUAUGACAGAGGCCUAUGACUUUCCUGGGCUCAUGGUGAAAUUCCUACUUUAGUUUUAGGCUUACUAUGUAGGUUAAGAAAAUGUAUUGAGUAUGAAAAAUGCUUUGACUUAAGAUUUUUUAGGCUUUAAUUUUAAUACUUUAUUUAUUAUUAUUAUUAUCUUCAUUUUUAACAAUGGCGAAUCUAAUAACUUUUCAUAAGUUUUUCAAUUCUAAGCCAAUUUUACGGCAUUUUCCACAGAAGAAUAAAGUGAAGUUUAGAAUCUGGAGAUGAUUUGAGGCUGAGACAGAAAUUCAUGCCAAGAUGAAAGCCAAAGUGAUGUCUAUAAUUUUUAGCUUGUGGCUUUUGAUGUGGGUGGAUGUUGUUGGGCAAACAGUGAGGGAAUGUGAGUACUGGCUGUCAAGCUGUAGGUAGAAAACAUACAAAUAACCAACAAGAAGCCUAGAUCUAGGUUCUAUCUUGACUUAUUUUAAGCUAUAUUUUUUCAAUACUAAGUAUUCGUACCCAGGAUUUAGAAGUGAGAGGCUUGGUUUAUUUUAAAAAAAUAUUUAAAAUAUUAUUGUUAGUUUUGUUUGACAAAAUUUGUUAUCAGAUGAAAGAUAAUUGAAUGGAUUAUAGGGUCUAUGUUUGUAAACUUCAUUCUUCAGUUUAAGUUUAACUAAAAUAAACUACCACAAAUGACGUCCAAAUAGCAUUUAGUCUAAAGGGACCCUGGUUUAAAUAUUUUUUUUAAUAAACCCAACCUCUCACUUCUGAAUCCUGGGUCCGAAGAGUUGCAUCCAUCAUGUUCUCAAUAUUUAGAGGAAAUAUUAAUCAAAAAGAUAGGCCUAUAUUAAUUACUGCUAGAAAAAAGACAUGACAUAACAAAACAAUUGUUGGUGUCUUUUUUGUUAAUUUCCUGAUAUUUUCACAUACCCUACUCUCCAAAUUUUAUGGGAUAGCUUUUUUGAUGCCUUCUUCCAUAUUAGACUAUCAUUCAUUUUGUGAAGUUUUUUUUUUUUUUAAAGCAGAACAAAUUAGUUGUUUUCAUUGCUUAUUUAAAAUUUCAGAUUUUUUAAAAAGUAGAGUAUAUGGUAUAUUAGUAUAGAGUUUCAGAUAGAAGCGCUUGAAUUCUUCAUUUUGGAUAUGCUAUUACACUAAAACCUGUUGAAAUAACCCAAAAUUACUUUAUAGAACGCAUAUAUUUAAUUUUUUUUAAAGUUUAAUUACUUAAUUAGUGUUCCAUUAAAUUAAACAGUAUAUAAUUAGGGCACAUACUUGUAAUGGUUCAUUUGAAAAAAUUUAAUGCCCACUUAAUAGAUAAAUAAAAAUUAUAAUUGAUACUUUUUGAAAAGCAGACACAUCUUUUAUUCUAGAUUGAUUUUUCAUUUGGCAUGUUAAUGUCCUUGUAGAUUCUGUUACUACAUAAUUAUGUUGUGCAAAGAAACAAAUAAAGAAAUGUUUUUAAAAAGUGCUACUAUCAAUACAAAAUGAAACAUUUUUUUAAAAAUGUGGGUGGUGGGGAAGGAAUGUUUUUAAAAACAGUUACAACACAAACUGAAAUGCUUAUAUCUUAUGAUAUGCAUUUUUUUAUAGACUUUGUUUAUAAAUAUUUUGUAAUAUUAUGUUACAUAAAAUCUUUAUUUAAUUUGAAAUGUGAGUCCAAAUUCAAUGUGAAAUUAACAUUUGAAAUACUUUAAAGAUUUCUUUUUCAAUGAAUUCAAAUGAAUGUUUAAUUUCUAGAUGACAUGGAUGAAUAUGCAACUUGUGGUAGGACACUGAAUGUUGAUGACAACGGAGUGCGUCUUAAUGGACGAGGAAACACAGCACCAUCUAACCCACCACUAGAAUGCAUCGUGUACAUGAUGUCUGUCUAUGCUAGGGAUGAUGGCAGCAAUAAACUUCAGAUUGAGGUCGAGUCACUCAAUAUCAAGGACUGUACUGUAAAAGUAGAUCUUUAUAACGGACGUUCAAGUGUUGGAAACACAUUGGUAUGUAUUUCAUGCUAUUUUAUAGAAUAAGCUUCAAGUUGCAGAAAUUAUGUUUAAGCAUAGGCCAAUAGUUCAAAAGAAAUAAAAAAUUUCAUUCAAUGACUUAGGUAUUAUCUGAUAAUUAUUUUAAAAUUAUUAACUAGUAGUUAAGCUUUUUCAUAAAUACUAAAGUUCAUGUCAGAUUAAUUUAUAUUAUAUACACAAAUAACCUUUGAAAAAACAACUAUUGUUAAACUACAAAAAAUUGACAAAAUUUAAGAAAAUUUAACCAACCUUAUUUUUAUUUUAAUUCUCAAAGUUCAUGUUUUUAUGUUUUACUUACAGCAAGCCCUGUCUUGUCAGUAUGGGUCAACUGGUAUUAUCUAUUCUACUGGACGUGAGGUGACGGUCAGGUUUUCUCGUCCUGACAGACUUAUGCACAAUGAGUACCAAUAUUCACUUCUUAUUAAACCAUACAGUAAGUGAUAACAAUAUAAAGUUAUGAUCAACUCAGAGUUUCAACUAAGUUUUAGGAAAAGAAGAAAAAUAUCAUUCCAAUCUGAAAAUUUAAUCUUAUUACAUUUAUGUUUACAAUGUGGGUUUUAUCAAGGUCUUACAUUUUGAAAUUUGAAGUAUAAUUCAGUGUUUACAAAAUUAUACUUUUGCUUUGUAACAUGUACAUGAUUUUAUCCUGAAAAAUCUGUCAAUGUUCAUAGAGAAAAAGAUAUGAAAAAAAUAUUGUUUUCUCUUAUAAAUAUAAUAACUGAAUCUUAAUGGUGUUGAAAUUUUUUGGGUUUAUUUAAGGAGGUUAAAAAUUUUGUUUUGAACAAAUCCUAAAAUGACCAAUUCUGUUUGACAGAGGAUCAAAAUGUACCAGGAACUAAAAUGGGAGUUGAUGCCUUGCCAGUUGGUGCUAUUAUUGGGAUUGUGAUUGGUUGUCUCAUACUCAUAGCUCUUAUUGUUCUUUUCUUGUGGUGUUGCUGUACAGGCAAGUGUCUAAGAUUGUUAAUGUUUUGUGCCUAUAUAAUUGUUAUACUUAAGAGCAUCUGUUUUCUACCAGAAAAUGUUCAUAGGCAUGUUGCAAAAACGUAAAAUAUAGGUUUUAAAAAUGAAUCAUACAUAAGUAUUGUGCAAGUUAAAAAAAAGAUAUUUAAUAUAAUUAUAAUUGAUCUAGUUAAAUUAUAUGAUAACUCUUGGACACUGCUCCUGACCAAAAAAAAAAAUUUUCUUUAAAUGUAUAUAAUUUUGAGAAAUUUUUCAGGUCGACUUGGUAACUUCAAUGUGCCUGGCCGUUCUAUCACCAAAGCAGCGCCAUCAAAAAGUUCAGGGGUCAAUAGCUCUUCAAUGACAUCUAAACAAGAGAUAAUAGAUUUCAAGGUGAGGACUGAAGUCUGAAAAACCUCCUAUUAUUUUUUCUCAGCUCACAUGAUGACUGUAGUGUUUAUUUAUGACCACACCUUCAAAUUGCUAACAACAAUAAAGUUUGAUUAGAGUGUUUAAUUUCACUAUAAUGAAAGUGACUUAAAUGGAAUUUUCUUUUAACCAUUGUCAUAAUUUCUUAAAGCCUCAGCCAGAAUUGGCUCAUGUCAUUAAUUGCAUCCUGAAUGCGUAAAACAUUAUUUUUCUUUGUUUUUCGGAUGUUCAGUUAAGCUAAUUUACCUUUUGAUUUCCAAUUGUUCGAUAUGUAUUUAAUUUUUGUUAACAGGAUCCAGUUAUAUGGGAAACAGUGACCACAGGAAAGUAUAAUCCCCAGUCACAGUCUCAAGGCGGCAGCUUGUAUCAGAAAGGUACAUUCGGCAGGAGAUUUGACAAUAAUUAUAGAAAUGUGCAAAGACCCGGUGACUCCAUGAAUAGAACAUCCCGACAUGAUUACGAGCAGUAUGGAUUCGAACAACAGAAAAGAGAGGAGGAGGAAGCCAGGAGGAUUGCUGAGCAGAAAAAGAAACAAGAAGAGGAGAAAAGGCGUAAGGAGGAAGAGGAGAGGAGGAGGCGAGAAGAAGCGGUGAAUCGAAAUAACACAAGUAAGGAGACACUGAUUGAUGACGUGUUUGAUUCAGACUCUGCCAGAGGGAGUGAAGUUACAGAUGACACAGCAACUUUGCACAAGAGGCGGCCUAGUGGGUCACCGAAACAGAAAAGAAAAGGCGACAUGCCUGAGACAAAAGACAUGGACAAAGGUAACCUAGAGAGAUACAUGUCCAUGGACUUGCAGAGUCAUCCUGACUCUGACACCAUAUCCAGCCCAUUGCACAUCAAUGGGGGGGUCAGAGCAAGUGUGGAUGAUGAGGCAGAAUCGCCCAACGCAAGCUUGCGGCGAAAGAAAAAGGGCUCGCCACUGUCCAAGCGCAGGGGUAAGGAACCUGAUCCUACCGCUCUGCCACCAGAAGCAUUUGAACCCAUUUUCACCACGGCUAUAACUGGGAUUAACUACCCAGGAAACCAACAACAGAAUCAGUUUGGAUAUCCUGGAGGUUUUUAUCCUUAUGGCCUGAUCCCUGCUGGAGCAUUUGCUCCUGGGCCACCAGGCACUCAGACAUAUGCCUAUGCCUAUCAAACAGUUCCCCAGGCUGGUGCAGCACCACAGGGCGGAGCUUACUUUGUUCAGGACACGCCAACAACAGCUGGAAACCUUAGAAAGGCUUAUGCCGUUGAGAUGUCGCCAAAUAAGAGGACUCCAGAGAGUCGCAGACGCAAGAACGACCCUUUCAAGGGCUCACCUUACAGCGAAAGAAAAGGACAAGGGCGCAUCCGAGACGUCAUACCCAACCCUGAUUUGUCACUUAUUGCCAGAGGGGCGGCUCCUCCUGAUCCAGGCCAAGGUCAGAGAUCUGUUGCAUUAAAAUCUGGAACCGAUCCUAAGUCCGGCAUUCACACAACGCAAGUAGGUUAUUAUGGUGGUGGUGUUUUUUUAACUUCUUAAAGCUAUUUGUAGAAGUGUGCCAAAAAUGUGUAUUUUAAUAAACUGACAGAAAAUAAAAGUGCUUGACUUUAAAAAUAAGCUUAUUUAGCUGCUCACUGUUAUGUUUUCUUCCACUUUUUAAAACCUGUAGCGGCUUAAGAUUUAUGAGGAACAUUACAUUUUUUUUAAUCGCUUCAUUCAAAACCUUUCAAGCUUUUUUUAAAUUUAUUAUCUAAUUUCAGUUUAUAAAACUGGUAAUUUAUAACAAAAGAAUAAAGUUUAACUGAAACAAAAAUCCACUAAGAACCUUUUAACCAAAUGUUCACAAUCCAUCAGAUGAAGAAAAAAAAUUAAUUAAUCCUUUGUCCCGAUUUGCCAAUGCAUCAAAGGAUAUUAGACCUGAAGGGAACUUCUUCUAAAUGAGCAUAUUAUACUUUGUUAUACUGUCAGGUUGUAUGGACUGACACAGUGCCUGACCCGACUGAUCCAAAGCCUGGGGAAAAUCCACAAAUCACACGUAAGACCAUCACAAGGGUUACUACCAAAAGUGGAUUUGCUGAACUGCCUCCUGAGACCAACAGUAAGUUGCUCAUUUUUAUGUUAUAAUAAUUAUUUCUGAUUUUAUGUAAACAAAUCUACAGCAAUACAAAUUUUUUAUAACUGAGCCCUAUCAGUGUAUGAGUGAGAUAACUAUUUAUAUAAAAUAAAGGUGAAAAGGCCUACAUUAGAUAUAGUAGCUGUUAUUCCUUUUCUUAAUUGUACAGGUAAGUGGAUUUCACACAUUUUUUUUGUUUGUUAUGCUGAAUAAUUAACGCAAUGUUUAUUUAACACCACCCUCCAAUUGUGUUUGAAAACCUGAUGACUUAAAAUGCAAAAAAAUGCUAGAAAAUAUUGGACAAUUUUUUUUUUUUAAAGCAACUAUACAUUUUUUGAAUUCUUGCAGGCUAAUUGCACAGUUUAGAAUAUAUUUCACUGGAUAUUCAAUAAAAAAAAUCUUUAUUUUGGUCAAAUUUAAAAGCCAAUGGUACGUAUUAAAGCUAAUUCGUAAGUUGUUGACCAUUCUUUUGCAGUUCUCAUGCUGGAUGACUCAGAACCAUCCUUUCUGGCCCCAAGCGCUGGAAGAUCUCAGCCUGCCAUCAUGCCCUCUGCCUCAUCUUCCAGCCAUGAAAAUCUUGCAUUCUACACAGGGGGCGGAGUCCACAACACAGUAGCACCACCACCUGAGAGAUCUUCAACACCUAACUCCACUCACGAGGCACCAGUUUAUAAUUAUGCCAUUCGAGACAGGAUCCCAUUUGAUGACUCCACAGUUUAAGACCUUCCAAGUUAGGGAAAGCCUAUUUUUUUUAUAUCAAUGUUCAACAGGGAAAAAUAAAGAAAGCCUAAGUCCCUCGCAUGAAUCCAAAGUAUAAGCAUAGGAAAUUUUAUACAAAUAUUAGGGCCGAAGACUUUGUAAAAUUUUGCAUUGCUAGAUUUUGUUAUUUUUGGGUUACAAGUUAUUAAUAAAAUAAACCUGACAUAUGUUUUAAUGGUUAAUUAACUAAAUGGAGCAGAGAUGAAGAAAUCCAGUCUAGUGAUUGUUCACACAAAUUGCUAGAUUUGACUAAUGUGUUUCCCAUGCCAAGCAGAGAGGUACAUUUCAGUAUAGAUAAUCCGCAAGAAACCUCAGUCUGUUUACAGUUAAAAUGACAUUAUUUAACUUUUCAUUUGCUAACUUACUGGGGGGGGGGGUGUCCCGUUUAUGCUGCUCUAGAAUUCUCGGGUUGUUUGGCAGCUAGCUAAUCCGUAUAAUCAAUUUGUGUAGACUCUAAAUGAUGCUCAAUUGAUAAAACAACUUCCAUCUCCUGUGCAGCUGGUACACCUUGUCCUUACUGGACUUAGGUUGAAAUUCUUAUGACAUGCAGUUGGAAAAAAAAUAUUGUACAAUAGUUUGUGUUACAUAAUAAUUUGAUUAACAGUUUAAUGGGAAUAAAUAUUUUUUGUUUUGUUUUACCACUGUUAAAUGCUCAUUUGUUAUUGCUUAUUACUUUUUGUCUGACAAUAUGGCCAGAAAUUCUUUAUUAUUCAAGUUUGUGAAUAAAAUAGUAUAAAUAAUAUACAAUUGAAAUACAAUUUAACCUAAUACACUAAAUUAAAACUGAAGUACUUUAUUAUAGUAUAAGUAUAAAUAUUUAUCAACUUGUUCAAUAAUUUGAAAAACUGGUUCAAAUGCCAUUAAUAUUCACAUUUUACUUUCAGUUUCAGGUACUUUUAAGAAAAACAUUAUUUUCUAUUUAUAUUAAGUUUAAGGUUUGUUAAGUGUAAUACUUUUGCCCCUGAAAAACAUUGUUAAAAAUGUAUCAAACUAAAUUUUUGAAUUUUUCUUUUACUAUAAAUAUAAUUUAGUUAUAUAUCAGUACAAGUGGAUUGCUUUUUACAAUUUACUUAGAUCAGGUAUAUAUAUUAUUAGUUGUUUAUGACUGAUUAUGGGUGACUGCAAAUAACCAUUCCACUUAUUGUAAAUACAGAUUUAUAUAAACAUAUUUUCUUAUUAUGAAACAUAUUUAGUGUUGUUUCUUAUUCUUCUAUAUCUUAAGGGCCCAGGAUCAAUUUAUUGAUUAUUUUGGCUCCUAUGCAUGUAGAUGGGAUUUGCAAUGUUUCUGUUCCUGGUGUUGAUGAGGAAAUUUCACAGAUUUCCAGUGCCACUUUGUGAGGGAAUCAUAAAUUCUCUAUGAAUUUUAAUUUUUUAUUAAAACAUUACAUUUUGUGUAUACCACAUCAUCUUUUAAAUUGUAAAUUUGAGAAGAAAAACAAAAAAAAAUAAACAUUUUACUGAAUUAUAUAAUAGAAUCCAUCAGUUUAAAAAAAUGUAAAUAAAAUACACUUAUUUCAUUUUAGGGUUUUAUGGCAGCUAACAUGAUUUAUGAAUAACAUUAUGUCACUCUAAAAAUCACUUUGUAUUAUCAAACUUACGGAAAAGAUGAAAUAGAUUUUUGAAUUUCUCUAUAAUAAAAUUUAAAAAAUGCAUGAAAGUUAAAUAGCCUCAUUGGUAAUAACUUUGUAGAAAAUCUUUAAUACAUAAGAUUGGAACUAUAACACUUUGUUUUUAUAUGUUUCUGAUAUAAGACACGAAUUAUAUUUACUAGAUGCUGUCAUUUAUCUGCAAGAGUUAAUUCAACAACAAUUCGAUCUUUCUUUCUUUUUUUUCUUUCUUUUUUUUCUUGCCGAGUAAUAAUGCAUGAGACAUUAGUUGACUUGAAAUAAUAUGAUUCUGAUUUUCCACCAUUUUGGCAGAUUUAAAAAAAACAAAAGAUGUAAAAAAGCAGGUCUUAUUGACAUUUUACUUAUUCUAGCUGUUGCCACUUUUCGUAAAAAAAUUUCAGUAUUUACAGAAUGUACUCUUCUUUUUGUGUUUUCACUGUACUAUCUACCAUUUAAAAAUAACAAUAUAAUGCUAUAUUGAAUCUCAAUAGCUGUCAUCUAACAUAUCAAAAUGGAAUUAAUUAUUGCAGCCAAAAAGAGUUACGUUGUUAUAUUCAGGAAGGAUAAUAGGCUUAAAUGCAUUUCAAGUGUUUCAAUUUAUAAUUGAGGCAGGACUUUCUGAUAUAAUAUGAAAUAAGAUUAUGCUAUAGCUUCUGGUUUGGUUGGGCCAAACCCUUUGAGGCCUUUAAGGCAGGGGCUCUUAACUUUUUUUUUUUUGCAGCACUCCCCCCUCUCUUAAUUUCAAAAUAUUUCAAGCACCUCUAUCUCGAUCUCAAAACAUAUUUCCCGCACUCCCCAAAAUAAAAAAUGCUAAUAAAGAUGCAAAUAAACCUGUUUUUCUGAGUCUUUCACAACCCCUGACAAAAUUCCCCCAGCACCUCAGCUGGUAUAAGCACCCCUGUUAAGAACCCCUGCUUUAUGUGCAUAUUGCAUGGAAAUGUGACUUAAAUUUAAUAAGUGUUUUAAAAUUGACAUGGAAAAAGUUGUCCCAAUAAAUUUAAAUCUUCUCUUAAGUUGUCUUGUUUUUUUGUAUUAUCAAGUAUUGAAACGUUUAAAACAAAUUGCUGAUGUUGUAAAGUUUAUGUACAUAUAUUAAAAAUUGUCCCUUGAAUAUAAUUUUUAUGGCCAUUUUCACAAUUGUUUGUACAUGCACUCUGCAAUAACCAUGUCAGUGUUUAUGGUUGUGUACGACGUGUGUCUGAUCGAAUACAAAAAUAUACAAUUUAUUUUUUUAAGAUAUUAACUGUCUCUCUCAUCCUUUGUUUCACUGAUUUUAGUGUUUACAACUGUUAGGAUCUGGGCAAUUAUAGUUAAAAUUAUAUUUUCUAAGAAAAAUCACACACAAUUUUAAUAAUAAUAGCACUUUAUAUUAAGUUAACUCUUGUCUUGAUUUUUUUUGAUAAAUUUAAUAUUGAUUUAUAACUGAUUUGACAACUGAC